AUGAAACAAACCGACAAAUUUCAUCAAAAAUCGUUUACGGAAAAACAAAGAAUGGUGGAAUUGAACGAUACUGAAAUGAAAGAAACUGAUGGAAAAGAGACAACUGUUAUGCUUUCAAAAGAAGAGAAGAAAGAUGUUGAUUUAUUAACAAUUGAAGAUAUCAAAGAACAAGUGAGAACAAUUGAAAAAGCUGUUACGUCGAAAGAACCUUGGUAUAUUCUUCGUGUGCUACGUGCAUUGGCGUCAACAAGAAAACGCCUUAAUGAAGAUGUACUUCGUCGUUUGAUCAAUUUCUACUAUACAACAAAUGCAAGCGAAAGAGAAAUACUUUUAUCCUAUAUUCACUCUGUGCAACCAAUGGAUGUCGAUAUGCCAUCUUCAACAGCAACUGUCUCACCAUCAGCUACAGCCGCAUCGAGCACACUGUCAACCACAAUCGGUGGAGCAGCAACGUCUCGUUCUCAAACAUCUCGUUCACGUGCUAUCUCAUUACCUGAAGUAGAUUUGUACAUACAUUUAAUUGUACUCUUAUUUUUAAUUGAUCGAAAUCCAUUAAAAUCUGCUCCUGAAUGUGCUAAACGUCUUGUUGAGAAAACUACUGUAUUAAAUCGUCGUACAAUCGAUUUACUUGCAGCAAAAUGUUAUUUCUACUACGCUCGUGUAUUUGAAUUAAAUAAUAAAUUGGAUGAAAUUAGACCUUUUCUUCAUUCUCGUUUACGUACAGCCACGUUACGUAAUGAUUUUGAAGGUACAGCUGUGUUGAUUAAUUUAUUAUUAAGAAAUUAUCUACAUUAUAAUUUAUAUAGUCAAGCACAAAAACUUGUAUUAAAAUCGGUAUUUCCUGAUCAUGCAUCUAAUAAUGAAUGGGCACGAUAUCUCUAUUAUCUUGGUAUAACAGCGUCAAAAGAUUGUCGAAUACGUGCAAUGCAACUGGAGUAUACAAAAGCACAUCAACAUCUGUUAACAGCUAUUAGAAAAGCACCACAACAAACAGCUAUUGGUUUUCGCCAAAAUGUGAAGAAAAUUGCUCAAAAGUUUCUUGUGACUGUUGAACUAUUACUCGGUGAUAUACCUGAUAAAGCAACAUUUAAAAAUCAACAGUUAAAACGUUCACUGAAUCCAUAUUAUCAACUGACAUUAGCUGUACGAGCAGGAAAUUUGGCUCGAUUCAAAGAAGUCCUUGAGACAUUUGGUGAUCGUUUUCAACAAGAGAAAACUUGGUCUCUUAUUAUUCGACUCCGACAUAACGUGAUUAAAACGGGAAUUAAAAUGAUCAAUUUAUCUUAUGCAAAAAUAUCAUUUGUUGAUAUUGCACAAAAAUUACAAUUGGAUUCACCUGAAAAUGCUGAAUAUAUUAUUUCUAAAGCUAUCCGUGAUGGUGUCAUUGAAGCGUCGAUUGAUCAUGAAAAAGGUUAUAUGCAAUCGCGAGAAAUUAUUGAUGUUUACACAACACGUGAACCAAUGAAUGCCUUUCAUCAACGUAUUGAAUUUUGUUUAAAAGUUCAUAAUGAAUCUGUCAAAGCCAUGCGUUAUCCACCAAAAAAAUAUAAUGAAGAAUUAGAAACUGCUCAGGAGCGACGUGAACGAGAACAAGAAGAAUUAGAACGACAUGCCCAAGAUAAAUUAUCAUUACAAUCUCCAAAGAUAGUAUUACCAGUAACUAUUGAGAAUAAUACUCAUGACCAACCACAAACAGAUGAUCUUCAGCAAAAUUCUUCUACUACAACGUGCAAUACUACUAAUUCAAUCGAGAAUGAACAUUCAUCAUUUUCAAAAGCUGAAUCAACUGAAGUAGGAGAUCAAAUAAUAUUAGAUUCCAAACAAUCGGGUUUAUUACGUUUAUUAGACUCAACUGUUUGUACAGUAUCUAUUGUUAUCACAUAUUUGUUCAGUUCUAAAGAGCCAAGUGUACAAAAAUUUCUUGGUAAAAAGUUAUUUGAAUACCAAAAUGAUCAACUCGAUUUUUAUCUUCCACAAUUGCUCAACAUGUAUAUACACAUUGAAUCUAUAGCUAAUGUCAUUCAUGAUUACAUUACAUCUAGAUGUACUCAAAGUGUUGAUUUUUCUCUUCAAUGUGUCUGGUUACUGGAUGCUUACAUUGCGGACACUAUGAAAAAAGCGACUAAACCUAACGAUGCUGUACAAUUAUAUUUCGAUAUUUUAUAUGAAAAAUAUAAACCAAAAAUAUGUUAUACACCUACAGCCACCACAUAUCAUCAUCAUUUUCCACUAGAUGAAGAGAAUGAAAAUUUUAAUGAACGAGAAUGUUUACAUAUCCCAACGAUAAUAACAGAUGAAAAUGAACCAGUUGUUCAACCACACAACGAUCCAACGUUCAAUAAUUCUGAAUCGGUUAAUGAAUUUCCUAUUAAUGACCAUUAUGAUACUAAAAGUGAAAGAGCAUAUCAAGAAAAGGGUCAAGAAAAUAUCAAUCAAGCAAAGAAAAAAGGACACCAAAAAUCAAAAAGUGAUGUUUCUGAAAAAUCGAUAAACGUUAAUGGUCAUCGUCGUCAACCAAAGCUGUGUUUAGGCGAUAUAAAUUCUGGUCGUGCAUUUGAUAAUAAUUGCCUUUGUUUUGAAAGUGUACAUGGAUUUCGUAGACGAGAAUGUACAUGUAAUGCUUCUAAGUUAGGUCCUGAACACUUUUUCAUGACAGCACUAGUGAAUAUUGGCAAAAAACUACCACAAGUACCAACAAAAGAGAAGAAAAGUCAGAAUCUGAUUGCCGAAAUGAAACGUAUGAAUAUGAAUUUACCUGCCCGUGUGUGGGUGCCAUUGUAUAAUUUUCAACAUCAUGUUGUUCGUAUUGCUUAUACAGAAUCAACCGUAUUAAAUUCCAGAGAUAGGUCUCCAUAUAUUAUCUAUAUUGAAGUUGUUGCUUGCGAUAAUGUAUUUUGUUCUCCGUUGCCCACAAAACAGUUUGAUUCAAAACUACGUUCAACACGUUCCGAAGAAAAUUUAACAUUGCAAAGUGAACGUUAUAAUAAUUAUCUAAAUGCAACAUGUGAAACGCAAAGUUUAGAUGCAGAAUUGAUCGAUUCUUAUCGUUCAUUUGUAAAUAAUGACGAUGCUGAUAUUUGGUCAACAUCGGAUGAAGUAGAUGAACCACCAAAACGAGCUGCAUACAAGUUACCUAAUGUAUGCAUGACUCAACAUCAACUAGCACACAAUGGCACCGGAGGACCAACAUCUGAUACUCAAUCAAUACGUUCGACAGAAAGUCGUUCAAGCCAACAAGAAAUAAUGGCGGCUGAAAUAAGAAAAAGAUUAUCAGAAGUGAAAACAAUGGGACCCAUAACAUUUGAACGUGAUCCAGAAGAUCCGUCGGCAGCCGCUUUAAAAGAACCAUGGGACAAAAAAGAACAACGUUUACGUCAAAGUUCACCAUAUGGACAUUUGAGAAAUUGGCGUUUAUUAGCUGCCAUUGUCAAAUGUGGUGACGAUUUAAGACAUGAAUUACUUGCUUAUCAAUUUAUGGUUCGAUUAAAGGAAAUUUGGCAACUUGAACAUGUACCGGUAUUUAUCCGUCCCAUUAAUAUUCUCGUUUUAUCCAAUAAUAGUGGUUUAAUUGAGCCAAUUUUGAAUGCUGUUUCAUUACAUCAGAUUAAAAAAAAUUCCAAGUUAUCAUUGAGAAAUUAUUUCUUACGUGAAUUUGGCACAGCAACGAGUGAAAAUUUCUUAACAGCCACAAGAAAUUUUGUGCAAAGCUGUGCCGGAUAUUCGAUUGGCUGUUAUCUAUUACAAGUCAAAGACAGACAUAAUGGAAAUAUUCUGUUAGGCGACGAAGGACAUGUAAUUCAUAUCGAUUUUGGGUUUAUGUUAUCGGCAACGCCAAAAAAUUUGGGCUUUGAAAGUUCACCAUUCAAAGUCACGAGAGAAUUUGUUGAUGUAAUGGGUGGAUUACAGAGCGAUAUGUUUGAAUAUUAUAAAAUUCUAAUUUUACAAGGACUAUUAGCAGCUAGAAAACAUAUGGAUCAAUUAAUGCCAAUUGUCGAAAUCCUGCAGCAUGGUUCUCAACUGAAUUGUUUUUCUAAGGGCAAUGUAACAUUGAGAUUACGCGAACGAUUUCAUUUGAAUAUGACCGAUGAACAGUUACAAAUGUAUGUUGAAAAUAUGGUUGAAAGUAGUUUGAAUUCAUUGACUACAAAAAUGUAUGACAAUUAUCAAUAUUAUACAAAUGGGAUCAGUUAUUAA